AAAACACUAUAAAAACCUAGGCAAACAAUUCAGUUUUUAGCCCAUCACCUCGCAGCCAGCCACUGCCUCUCUCAAAACUUCUCUGCUCCUUCUCUCUUAUCAUUUUGCCGAGAGGUUAUAUCAAAGGUAGAAGCAUGUCUCACCGCAAGUUUGAACACCCUAGACAUGGCUCUUUGGGAUUUCUCCCAAGAAAAAGAGCCUCCCGCCAUCGAGGAAAAGCAAAAUCCUUUCCCAAGGAUGAUCCAACAAAACCUUGCAGAUUGACUGCUUUCCUAGGUUACAAAGCUGGGAUGACUCAUAUUGUCCGAGAAGUUGAAAAGCCAGGCUCAAAGCUCCACAAGAAAGAAACAUGUGAAGCUGUUACAAUCAUAGAAACACCGCCAAUGGUUGUUGUUGGGGUUGUUGGCUAUGUCAAUACUCCUGGUGGUCUCCGAUCUCUGAGCACUGUAUGGGCCCAGCAUUUGAGUGAGGAGGUCAGAAGGAGAUUCUACAAAAACUGGUGCAAGUCAAAGAAGAAGGCUUUCACAAAGUACUGUAAGAAGUACGAGUCUGAGGAUGGGAAAAAGGACAUUCAGGCUCAAUUGGAGAAACUGAAAAAGUAUUGCACUGUGAUUCGUGUGUUGGCGCAUACCCAGAUUCGGAAAAUGAAGGGACUGAAACAGAAGAAGGCCCAUUUGAUGGAGAUCCAGGUCAACGGCGGGGAUGUUGCCAAGAAGGUUGACUUUGCUUACAGUUUCUUUGAGAAGCAGAUUCCUAUUGAUGCUAUUUUCCAGAAAGAUGAAAUGAUUGACAUUAUUGGUGUAACCAAGGGAAAGGGCUAUGAAGGUGUGGUCACUCGUUGGGGUGUGACUCGACUCCCUCGCAAGACUCAUCGUGGUCUUCGCAAGGUAGCUUGUAUUGGUGCAUGGCAUCCAGCUAGGGUCUCAUUUACUGUUGCCAGGGCUGGGCAGAAUGGUUACCAUCACCGCACGGAGCUGAACAAGAAAAUUUACAAGCUUGGAAAGUGUGGUCAAGAGUCUCAUUGUGCAGUUACUGAAUAUGACAGGACUGAAAAGGACAUUACACCAAUUGGAGGAUUCCCUCAUUAUGGUGUUGUGAAGGAAGAUUAUUUGAUGAUAAAAGGAUGCUGUGUGGGCCCCAAGAAACGUGUGGUAACACUGAGACAGUCUCUGUUGAAGCAGACAUCUAGAGUUGCUAUGGAGGAGAUUAAACUCAAGUUCAUUGAUACAUCCUCCAAAUUUGGCCAUGGACGAUUCCAGACCACUGAGGAAAAGGCCAAGUUUUACGGGCGGCUCAAGACUUGAUUUGCAAUGGAGGAGAGAAUCAGCUUUGCUAGAUUUCUAUUAAUGUUCAGUAGUCUUCAACUGUUGGUUUGAUUCUGGAUCCCUUGUCAUCCUUGUUUCUUCAAUUUGGGAAUUCUUAUUUUUAAUAUAUCUUCGGUGCUAAAUUAUUAUCUUAAA